AUGCCUAGGGGCAACAAGAGCAAGGGCCGCUCCAGGGCCAAAAGGCACCAGACCCAUGGAGAGAGCAAGAAUCCCCAGGAUACUCAGCCCACUGCAGAGGAGGAAGCAGCAUCGCCUCCUGUUGGCCAGGGAGAUGCCCCCAGCUCCCAUGAUGUGUGCACUCCUCAGGGGUCCCAGGAGGCUUCAUCCCACGAUUCUCCUGAGUUAGAUGUGUCAUGCUCAGGCUAUGAUGCUGGUGCUGAGGGUUCUGAUGCUGGUGCUGAGGGUUCUGAUGCUGGUGUUGAGGGUUCUGUUGCAGGUGCUGAGGGUUCUGUUGCAGGUGCUGAGGAGAGAAGUGACGCUGAUGCUGAGGCGUAUGCUGCAGAGGAUGAAGAAAGAAGUGCACGUGCUGUCAAGAUAGCAGCCGCCAUUCAGUCUGCACGCAGAGAUCCUCUGACCAGGAAGGCAAAUGUAUUGAUAGAGUUCAUGCUGGAGAAAUUUAAGGCAAAAAAGCCCUUCACACAGGCAGAUAUGCUGAGGGUGAUCAACAAGAAGUACAAGGUGCACUUCACUGAGAUCCUCAGGAGAAUUUCUGUGCGCUUGGAGUUGGUCUUUGGCCUUGAGUUAAAAGAGGUUGAUCCCAGUUCUCAGUCAUAUAUGCUUGUGGGCAAGCUGGGUCUCUCCACUGAGGGAAGUCUGAGUGGCAGCAGUGGGUUGCCCAAGACAGGGCUCCUGAUGACCCUCCUGGGUGUGAUUUUCAUGAAGGGGAACCGUGCCACUGAGGAAGAUGUUUGGGAAUUCCUGAAAGUGGUAGGGAUAUAUCCUGGGAAGAGUCAUGUAAUCUUUGGGGAGCCCGGAAAGUUUAUAACCAAAGAUUUGGUGGAGGAAAAUUAUGUGACAUAUCGCCAGGUUCUUGGCAGUGACCCCCCACGCUAUGAGUUCAGAUGGGGUCCCAGAGCUUAUGCUGAAACUACCAAGAUGAAAGUCCUGGAAGUUGUAGCUAAGAUCAAUAAUACUUCCCCCAGUUUCUUUCCUAGUAUGUAUGAAGAGGCUAUGCUUGAUGAGGCUAAUAGAGCAGCAAUGAGAUUUACAACUGUGCCUGGCAAUGCUGUUGAAGCCACUGAUGUCAGGAAUAUCAGGGCUCAUCGCAGGUGCAUGGGUCACAGGUCCUCCAAGGUUUAG